UCUAGGUCAGUAGGGAAACCAGGAGGCAAUCCUUCAUCGCCAUAUUGUUGUAGUAUAGUCUAUUAUAUCGCAAGCUUUUUUCAUUAGACAUAUAUGUAUAUAUAUUUUUAAUAAAUUUAGACAGUUAAUAAAAUUUAGAAAAAUAAACUCAUAGUUUAUUACUUUUAAUUGGGACCGAAAUAAAAAAAUAAAAAAAAAUUGGAUUUUAAAUAAUUUGACUUAUUAUUUAUUUUUUAAUUAAAUUAACUUCUUUUUUAAAAAAUCAGUGGUGUUAAUUUUAUAUAUUUAAAUAUAUUUAGGUGUUCUUAUAUUUGUGUAUAUUAACAAGUGGUUUAGGCAACAGGUGGUGAAAAAAUUUGAAUUUAAGGUCAGAUCGUAAGUGGGCCGACUCACUAUUGCGGCCGAUCGAUAGAUUGAUUUAUUUCUUGAUAAUGGAUUAUGAUUAUUUGAUUAAAUUUCUUGCACUUGGAGAUUCUGGUGUUGGUAAAACAAGUUUUUUGUACCAGUAUACUGAUGGUAUUUUUACGUCACGAUUUGUAUCAACGGUUGGAAUCGAUUUUCGUGAAAAACGUGUGAUACAUAAAAAUGCACGUGGAAGACAGCAGAGAGUCCACUUACAACUUUGGGAUACCGCCGGUCAGGAGAGAUUCCGAAGUCUCACGACAGCGUUUUAUCGAGACUCAAUGGGUUUUUUACUGUUAUUUGAUCUAACUAACGAGCAAUCAUUUCUUGAAGUAAGAAAUUGGUUGGAACAAUUAAAGACACAUGCAUAUUGUGAAGAACCAGAUAUCAUUUUAUGUGGAAAUAAAGUUGACCUCGAAGACAGACGCGUUGUCAGCGAAGAAAAAGCUCGCGAUCUAGCACAAAGACAUGGGAUGCCUUAUUUAGAAACGAGCGCAGCGACUGGUCAAAAUAUAUCGCGAGCUAUUGAAUUAUUGCUGGACAGAGUGAUGGCCAGGAUGGAAGCGACUAUGGAUAUGUCGUUACUGCCUCAUCAGCGAGUACUUCGCUGUCAUGACCAAGAACCACCACCGCCUAAAAAUUCCUGUUAUUGCUGACCCUGCUAUCUUGCGUAGAGUAAGAUUCGACUUUUUCUUACUUAUACGCAGUUGUCGGGGGGGGGGGGGGGCAAAAAGGUCUCUAUUGUUUUGUUUAUUAUUUUAGUGAAGUCUUAUUUUUAAGUUGCAUUUAAAAGAAAGGGGUAAAAAAGGCCGUAGUAGGAUUUUUAAAAAUUUUUUUUACAUUAAAAAUUUGAGACAGGGGUAAAAUGAGAUGCUGUGAAAAUUUGAACUGAGAAAUUUUAGUGAAAGUGACUUUUUAUAUUAAAAAUUGGUGACAGGGUAAAAAGGGCUGUAGUAAAAUUAAUGGGGUGAAAUAGGCCAGUUAUAAAAAAUACUACAAAAAAAAAUGGACCUUUUUUUUAAUUUUCUUACAAUUCAAUUUAUAAGUGAAUAAUUAAAAAUAAAUAAUAAAAAAUUUGAUGACGACAAACGAAUUAAAAAGGUUGACGAUUACGAAUUAUUAAAAAAAAAUAUAUGUAUAUAAACAUAUAUACAAAUAUAUAAAUAAAAUAAAAUAAAAAUAAAAAAAGUGAUUUAUAAAAUUGUUGGUGUGGACAAAAAAUUGAAGCUCUUCCAAAUCUAUAAAUACCGAGUCAAUAUAAUAUAUAUAAUACAUAAUCUACUAAUUUAAAUUAAUUUAAAAAAAAUAAGAAAAUUUAAUCUCAAAAUGCCAAACGAUAUAAUUUUACACUUAAUAACAAUUAUACUGUGAUGUCCCUAAAAAAUAACAAUCGAAAAAAAAUAUAUACGUAUAUAUAUUUUUUUCAAGUAUUCAUUGCCAAUUGCCAAAAACAAUCAUAUUAUUAUCUAUAUUAUUAUUACCACAUAUAUACAUUUACAUAUU